GAGGAUAAUUAGUACCGUUCAUUCCACCGCUAGAGACAACAAGUGUCACUGGUGACAUGUUUAACACGAGCCAUUACCGGGACAACAGGACUUAACGGGACUUUCCGGGACUAUCCGACAUUUGGACAAACUUCUGUCGUUUUUCCCUCUUUUGUUUCUUUCUUCCAGACGGUGGAGAGAGAGAUUAAGCCGUUGGAGACAGGUGUCAUCUCCAAAGUCUCUCUCUCAUCUCCUGUUCUUUUACCGUUUUAUUUGGAGUGCGUUUAACCAGGACUAGUAUCGAGCCAUGCUGUGGAGAGCGGGGCUCGUGUUGCUGCUGUGUUGGGGCACCACCGGCGAGCUACGUCAUCAACCCCGGGACUCCCCAGAACAUGAAGACCUGCAGGCCGACCCCAUGUCCGUGGGCAGGCGGCAGCAGCGGUCCCCGCUGCCUGUAGAACCCCUAGACUUUGGGUUCGUGCCCUCCGGUGUGUACGAAACGCACGCCUACUACGAGCCCGGUGCCAUCGGUGUUCUGUUCCACAUGGUGCACGCGUUCCUUUACGUGGUCCAACCGAACCCCUUCCCCAAAGAUCUCAUCAUAAAAGUUAUCCAACAGAACAUGGGAGGGAUAAAACUGGAGGACUAUCACAAGCCAGAGAACGUUGUCUUAAUGCUACAGACGAUCUACUACGAGGCAGGCUUCCUGGUGUUGGUGAGUCUGGCCUGUGUGUUCCUGGUGCUGACCCCCAUCGUAGGAAUGUGUUUCUGUGUGUGCCGCUGCUGUGAGAACUGUGGAGGGGAGAUGCACCAGAGACAGAGGAAGAACGCAGACUGUCAGAGAGGAUUCUUCACCACCGCGCUCAUCGCCACCUCCAUAUUCAUCAUGACUGGGGCGCUGAUAGCGCAGGCUGCCAACCAAAACAUCACGUCUCAGAUCAAGUCAACACGGCGUUUCAUCAGCACCAACAUGAGAGACCUGAAGACCUUCGCUAACAACACACCAGCGCAAAUUGACCAUCUGACGUCCCAGUUCACUACAGCUAAGAAUAAAGUCCUGUCUGACCUGGACAACAUCGGGCCUCUGUUGGGUGGGAGGAUCCAGACUCAGCUGGAGAAGGAAGUAGUUCCUUCCCUGGACACAGCUCUGCGCAUGGCUGGAGGCAAAGUGGAGAACGCCAUCAAAGCUAUGCGUGAGUCUAAGGAGGCGUUGGAGAGUGUCAGUUCUUCAUUGGAUGUUCUUCAGGAGGGAACGUCUCGUCUGGCACUCCGUCUGGCGUAUGAACGGUCCUCCCUGUCCAAUACCCUGUCUGAUCCAGCCUGUACUAAUGGAGCUGUGUCAUACACCUGCAACAACAUCCUCUUUACACUCGCACAGCUGAGAAUCAACAGCAACUUCUCUGGGUUACCAGACGUCAGGCUCCAGUUGGCCAGUUUAGAGAUUGUCCUGAAGACAGACCUCAGCAACAUUGUCCAGAAGGGUUAUUCAUCCUUCAAUGACACCCCCAGACUGGUCCAACAGCAGACUAAGAAUGUAGUAGCAGCUCUGCCUAGAGUGAAGGCCAUACUGGAUAAAAUAGGAUUAGAGAUAAUAGGUUUCUCUAAGAUGUUCCCAGUGGAAGCCUCUCUGGCCAACUUCACCAUCUUCCUGAGUCAGGGCCAGAAGAACAUGGAGGCCUACUACCCUCAGAUAGACCAGAUGGACUUCUACAGGUGGAUAGGGUGUGUGGCGGUGCUGUGUACAGUGGUUCUGGUCUUGACAUUUAACUUCCUGGGUCUGUUGUGUGGAACGUGUGGCUAUGACAAACAGGCCACGCCCACCACCCGUGGCUGCCUGUCAAACACCGGAGGCAACCUGCUAAUGGCAGGUGUAGGGUUCAGUUUCAUCUUUGCCUGGGCAUUGAUGGGGCUGGUAUCAGCAGGGUUUGUUGUCGGGGGCAACAUGGAGAAGCUGUUCUGUGAACCGCUUGCUAACAGACAACUGUUCAAGAUCAUAGACACUCCCUAUAUGGUCCAUCCUGCCAAGAAGAACUUCCUGCCUGGCAUGUUGUUCCAGAACCCUAACAUCAACCUGACUGUUGGAAGCAUGUACCGGGACUGCUAUGAUAACAACGGCCUGUACCAUGCUCUGCAGCUGGAGACCAUGUUCAACGUCAACACAUUCCUCAACACAACCGUGUUUAACAAGGACCUGGUGAAGGUGUUAGAAGGUGUGAGCAUCGACCUCCAGAGUAUGGUGUUACUGGAGCAGGAUGGAAGAGAUAACCUGCUAACCUUCUCUACCGCUGGGAUAGGAGAUAUUAGCUAUGAUGCUUACCUGGCAGAGGUGAAUAAAGGUGUGACUCUGGUGGAUCUGCUGUCGUUUUCCAACGAGCUGGAGGCCCAGGCUGACCUUCUGCCGCGAGGAGCUCUAGAGAAUGCUUUGAAGGGUCAUGCCAGCAGCAUCAGACAGAUUCACAGAGAGCAGGUCGUCCCUAUGGAGCAGGCCAUGAAAUUUGUCCGAGCGCGGAGCUCCCUGAGCCAGAGCAUCCGGCUACUGCAGAGGACAGCCAAGGAACUACCAGUGAAGGUGACUGACGUCCUUAGUGCCAUCGACGCAGCAGAGUACCUCAUCACACACAACGCAUCACACGUGGUAAAACAGGAGACUGAUGUGUACAUGCGGAGCCUGGUUGGAUACUUCAGACAGUACACUGACUGGGUCAAAAACUCUCUGACAGGGGAGGUGGCUCAGUGCAAGCCCAUCAGUAACAUCAUGGACUCCAUGGAGAUAGUAGCCUGCAGCUUUAUAGUCGACUCAGUGAACACGUUCUGGUUUGGUCUGAGUGGUUGCUGUGUGUUCCUGAUCCCCAGCAUCAUCCUGUCGGUCAAACUGGCCAAGCACUACAGGAGGAUGGACACAGAGGAUGUGUUUGAAGAGGGCCAAGAGAACUGGUAGAGAAAGAGAACAAAACAACAACAACCAAAGAAGACAGAACUGUGCUGAUCUCCGCCCACAACAACCCCUCACCUGAUUGGACAAGGACCUUAGCUGCCAGCCAAUUACAGUAGCCCAAAUGAUGCCCUGUACGUUAAAUCGCCCAAUCACAACACUAGUUCUGUCUGACAUUACCAUACUUUCUGAACAUUUCACCUGUGUGAACAUGUUGGUGGAUUAUUUCGAUAUAGUUUAUUUUAUAUAUUAUUUUAGACAACAGUGUUCUGUUUGUUUCUCCUCAGCUUAACACUGUAACCACUGACUCACAUCAAUGACGUGUACAUUUUAUACGCUUUCAAUACCUUUGAAAGUUUUAUAUAUUUUUUAACAUAAUAUGUUAGCAUGUUAGCGGACGCUAGCUACCAAACCAUGUUAGCAUGUUAGCAGACACUAGCUACAAAACCUUGUUAGCAUGUUAGCUAGCGGUCGCUAGCUGCUUGUUGAUUGACAGCUGUAACCCAUCGCAUGACGCAGCUGUGUUGUCACGGCUGUGAUGUCAUUCUGUGAUGUCGCAGCUGUGAUGUCAUAUCUGUGAUGUCACGACUGUGAUGUCACGACUGAUGUCACUGCAGGCUCUGAAUCUGUGAAUAAAGAUUUCAGUUCGCUGAGUUAUGCUGUCU